AUGGCAUGUGCUCUUGAUCCUGAUUUGCAAUCAUUGGCAAAUGAUGAUGAAGCAUGGCAAACAGAUUUAGAACUUAUUCGUGCACUCACUCAAGAAGAAAAACAAGCAGAAGAAGAUCGAGCAUUGGCAGCAAGUCUUGCUGGAAUUACUGUUGAUCCAAUCCCUGAAAAUACGAGAAGAAUGGCGAUGUUAGCCGAUAACUACGAUGAAACAGUCAAGAGACGAGUUAUUGUAAACAAAACCACCAUCAAGUUGACAUCCAAACCAAAAACAUGCGCUGUGUGUAUGGAACCGGUGAAUAAAACUGAUCCUCGCGUUCCAUGCGGUCAUGCCUACUGUGUCGGAUGUCUCAAAGAAUUGUUUCUAAGUUCUAUGCAAGAUGAAACUUUAAUGCCACCACGAUGUUGUCGAGAAGAGAUACCUAUUCAUCUAGCAGAAUUGAAUUCGAAAGAAACAAAAGAUUUCAAUGCGAAACGUUUAGAAUAUUCAACAACAGAUCGUCUCUAUUGUUCCCAACCGACCUGCUCAACAUUUAUUCCUGCCACUUCCAUUGUUAAUAAGAUCGGAACGUGUCCAAAUCUGAAGUGUCAAAUGAAAACAUGUGCCAUUUGCAAAGGAGUUAGUCACGAUGAUCUUGAGUGUCCAAAAGAUGAAGCAACUACAGCUGUUUUAGCAGUAGCCAAGCAAGAAGGUUGGACUCGAUGCUACCGUUGCCGAGCAGUGGUAGAAUUAACUCAAGGAUGCUAUCAUAUGACCUGUCGAUGCCGCGCUGAAUUUUGUUAUCUUUGUUCAACUGCAUGGAAAAAUUGUUCGUGUGUUCAAUGGGAUGAGGCACGCUUGUUUCAAGAAGCCCGUGUCCGCACUGCCAGAAUACCUCAUAUUGAAAUUCAUCGAAACAAUGAAAGACGAAAUUUUGAACAGUAUGUAAUACAAAUGGCUGAUCAACUGCGUAACAAUCAUGACUGUCGUCAUGCAGCGGGAUGGGUAUACACCAGCGGUGGCGGUCGGUGUGAAGAAUGUCGCGAUUAUUUACCCAGAUAUUUAUAUUGUUGUCGUCGUUGUCAUUUUAUGGCUUGUAAUCGAUGUCGACACAAUCGAUUAUAA